AUGGCGGGAAUGAUUAUGACAAAUGCUCAACUGGGCGUCUCCAAUUUUCAAAGAAAUGAUAUUUUCGCUGCGAAUUGUAGCUCAAAGCCAGGUCCUUUAUCUGGGUUUUCGCUUUUUCGGAGAUCCAUCUUCUGUGUUGGCUUAUAUGAGAAGAAUGUGAAGAAGAAUCGGGGUUUUGGUAUUAAAAUUCCGAAUCGAAGAACAGUUAUUAGUGCUGUGUCGAAGGAAGGGUCUGAUAACAGGUCGGUUGGUGGUGAAAUUCUAGAGAAAGAGUUUGAAUUUAAGCCAUCAUUUGAUCAGUACUUGAAGGUUAUGGGGACCGUUAGACUUAGAAGUGAUAGAGAUAAGCAGGACAGCUCAAAAGAGCAGAAUCCAAAGCAUAAUUUGAGGAGUAGAGGUGUUUCCAGGAGUCUGGUGUCUGAGGGUAAUGAAGAGCAUGUAAAAUUGGGGGAGUCUGAAGGGAAUUCUAAUCAAGAGAAGGCGUCAAAAGCUGCAAAGCAAAAUGAGGCACUUGGAAAUAGAAACGGAAUUAUGGGAAAAAGCAAAAGGCAAGGAGUUAAAGGAUUUAAGGAUGAAUAUGAUAGCAGACAGAGCAACAGGGAUGAAAAGGAAAAGAAGAAGAUAAGGGGAGAGGCAAGAGAUGGAAGGUCAAAAUAUUCGGGUAGGCUAGAAGCAGAGUUGAACUUCAGAGGUAAAAGUACAAUGGCACGAAAUGUGAAAGAUGACCUAAGAGUUUACAAGUCAACAGAUAAAUCCUUCGAGAGAGGGAAAGUUGGUGUUAAAAUUCAAGGUGGACUUGAGAGGAACCACAUCAAUGCUGAGAAAGCCACUGAUAGAGGUUUUUCUCGUAGAAGUGAGAAGUUAACUAAGAGUGGUAGGGAUUUCCCCAAAAAAAAUUAUGACAAUAGCAUGGAGGUGGAAAGAGCUGCAUUUAAGAAUUUUGAUGAAUUUGGUGAUAUUAUGGACAAGCCACGGGUUUCACAAAUGGAAAUGGAGGAGAGGAUCCAGAAGCUAGCAAAAUGGCUGAAUGGUGCAGACAUUGACAUGCCUGAGUGGAUGUUUUCAAAGAUGAUGCGAAGUGCACAAAUCAGAUUCACAGAUCAUUCAAUAUUGAGAGUUAUCCAGCUGUUGGGAAAACUAGGAAACUGGAGACGGGUGUUACAAGUCAUUGAGUGGCUUCAAAUGCGUGAGCGUUUCAAAUCCCACAAGCUCAGAUACAUAUACACAACUGCACUUGAUGUACUUGGAAAGGCAAGGAAACCUGUGGAGGCACUUAAUGUAUUUCAUGCAAUGCUGCAAGAAAUGUCCUCAUAUCCUGACUUGGUAGCUUAUCAUUCUAUUGCUGUAACUCUUGGACAAGCGGGACAUAUGAGGGAACUUUUUGAUGUGAUUGAUACUAUGCGAUCUCCUCCCAAGAAGAAGUUCAAAACAGGGGCACUUGGGAAGUGGGACCCUCGGUUGGAACCAGAUAUUGUUGUCUUCCAUGCGGUAUUAAAUGCAUGUGUCCAGCGCAAACAAUGGGAAGGAGCAUUUUGGGUUUUGCAGCAGUUACAGCAACAAGGCCUACAGCCUGCGACUACAACAUAUGGACUUGUCAUGGAGGUGAUGUUAGCAUGUGGCAAGUACAACUUGGUCCACGAUUUUUUCAAGAAAGUGCAGAAAUCUUCUAUACCAAAUGCUUUAACUUACAGAGUUAUUGUGAACACUCUUUGGAGAGAAGAUAAAGUAGAUGAAGCUGUAUUGGUUGUUCAGAACAUGGAAAGACGAGGAAUAGUAGGUUCUGCAGCUCUUUAUUAUGACUUUGCUCGAUGUCUUUGUAGUGCUGGACGGUGCCAAGAAGCACUGAUGCAGAUUGAGAAGAUAUGUAAGGUUGCAAAUAAGCCUCUAGUAGUGACUUACACUGGUUUAAUUCAAGCUUGUUUGGACGCUGGAAGCAUUAAAAAUGGGGCAUAUGUUUUCAAACAAAUGGAGAACUUUUGCUCCCCAAAUCUUGUUACUUGCAACACAAUGCUGAAAGGUUAUUUGGACCAUGGGAUGUUUGAAGAAGCAAAAGAGCUGUUCCUGAAGAUGUUAGAUAAUGGGAAUAAUAUCAGCAGCAAAUCUGACUAUAAGGUUCGGGUGAUACCAGAUAGCUACACGUUCAACACUUUGUUAGACGCCUGCAUCAUAGAAAAGAGGUGGGACGAUUUCGAGUUCGUUUACAAAAUGAUGCUACACCAUGGGUAUCACUUCAAUGCUAAACGCCAUCUUCGGAUGAUAUUGGAUGCUAGCGAAGCUGGAAAGGGUGAGCUACUGGACAUAACUUGGACGCACUUGACGGAGGCAGGCCGGAGUCCACCUCCUCCUCUCGUCAAGGAAAGGUUUUGCACAAAGCUAGAGAAAGAUGACUAUGCUGCUGCUCUCUCCUGUAUUACGAAUCCAAAUCUUGGUGAGCUGCAGACAUUCUUCUCGAAGAAUGCAUGGUUGAAGUUGUUCAAGGAAAAUGCAGAAAGGUUUCAGAAAGACACUUUUGUACGGUUAGUUCAUGAGGGUAGCAUUCUUAUCAACAGAACUGAUAGGUCGAACCCUGUUUUUCAAAAUCUUAUGGCAGCUUGUGGAAAACUUGAUAGAACCUGUUUAGUGGGAGCUGAUUUUAAACCAAGUGAAACUGUAUGUACAACUCAUACAGAACCAGCUAUGAAUUCUUUGAUGAAUAGUAUUCAUAUUUAA